CUUUCCUUUGCCUUCCCUCUUCUCUCUCUCUCACACACACACACUCUCUCAGGUCUCAGGAUUUUCUGCUGUGCUUCUGGUACCUGAAUCAGACACACUCAUCUUCUGAAGGAUGGCUGGGACUCAUACUGUCCUGCUCACACUGCUGCCCACUGUCCUCAUUCUAAUUGUGUUGGCUGGGGUUGAAAGUGCAGCUGUUAAAGAUGUAAAAGACAGUAAAGCACAAGCAGGAGCAUCUAAACGAGUUUUCGUGCCAGCGUCUGAUGCCUCAAACGUCUUGAAACGCCGCGGUCGCAGAUCCCCAAGAACUUAUGAAGAGUACUAUGCGGAGCAGAGGGUGAAGAUGGCUGCAAACGAGCAAAGGAGAGAGCACUUAGAGGAACAAAGCAACGAAUACGAGAACUAUUUAGAGGAGGAGCGCGAUGAACAGUAUGAGAGGACCAGAGAGAAGAAUGAGCAGUGGAGAGAGUUCCACUAUGAUGGGCAAUACCCACGGUACCCUCACCACCGCCGCUAUGAAUGAGGACCGUGCAAUGCCUCAGAAAGUGGAUGACCAUCAUUCGAUGGAUACUUUCAUGACACAAUAUAAUUAUUCACAACAUUUAAGCACUUACAGAUUUAAAGCUUUUAAUACAUGUAUAAUAAAAGGGUUUGUGUGUUUAGAAUGUGAUCUCCUCAGUUCUAAUUGCUUACCUUUACUCUAUUAUUGUAUUCUUUAUCAAAACAUUCAUGAUUAGUUUGUGAUUCUAAGCUGUUUUCCAGCAGCAACUCGUUAUUUCCUUCUACAGUAAUUACAUUCAGCUGUCAUUUGACCUCCCUUUUUAAUAACUUUCAAUCUGUA